AUGGCUCAUACAAAUGAAUCAGUGGUAUCUGAGUUUGUGCUUCUGGGACUCUCUAAUUCAUGGGAACUUCAGAUUUUUUUGUUUUUCAUUUUCUUUAUAGUGUAUGUGGCAUCAGUUCUGGGAAAUAUUCUGAUUAUUGUUAUUAUUUUGUCUGACUCCCACUUGAACUCUCCUAUGUACUUCCUGCUCAGUAAUCUUUCUUUCAUUGAUAUCUGCCAAUCCAAUUUCGCCACACCUAAGAUGCUUAUAGACUUCUUUGUGGAACACAAAACAAUCUCCUUCGAAGGAUGCAUGGCCCAGAUCUUCCUUCUUCAUAGUUUUGUUGGAAGUGAGAUGAUGCUGCUUGUAGGUAUGGCAUAUGACAGAUUUAUAGCCAUCUGUAAGCCCCUGCACUAUAGCACAAUUAUGACUCAAAAACUCUGUAUAAUUUUUGUGAUUAUUUCCUGGUCUGUGGGUAUUCUUCAUUCUGUGAGUCACUUGGUUUUUACAGUUGACCUACCUUUCUGUGGUCCCAAUGAGGUAGAUAGCUUUUUUUGUGACCUCCCUCUGGUGAUAGAGUUGGCUUGCAUGGAUACAUAUGAAAUGGAAAUUUUGACCCUAACUAACAGUGGCCUAAUAUCACUCAGUUGUUUUCUGGCUUUAAUUGUUUCAUACACCAUUAUCUUGGUAACUGUCAGGCGCAGAUCCUCCAGUGGCUCUUCCAAGGCACUUUCUACACUAACUGCCCACAUCACAGUGGUUAUUCUUUUUUUUGGGCCUUGUAUUUAUUUCUACAUAUGGCCUUUUAGCAGACUUCCUGUGGACAAGUACCUUUCUGUUUUCUACACUGUUUGUACACCCUUGUUGAACCCUAUAAUCUACUCUCUGAGGAAUGAAGAUGUUAAAUCUGCCAUGCGAAAGUUGAGGAAUCGCCAUGUGAGUUCCUGGAAAAGUUAA